AUGGGUAACAUAACCAAGGGAGCCAGCACACCCACAACUGAGUCUGAUCCUUUCACUUACUCCCUUUCUUCCUGUAGGCGGAAGGGAUUUAAGCCACUUCAGGCAAAACUAUAUGAAGCAAUAAUGAAAGAUGACAGCACCAACAUUAAAGCUUUACUAGCACUCCAACCUGUCAAUGAACCACUGAUUGUUUGGGAUAACUCUGCCUGCAGAAGAACACUGUCAAUCCAGGAUCAGUCUAUUCUUCCAAUUCACUUAGCUGCCAAACACAGAAGACAAAAGAGUUUGCGUUGUUUGCUAGAAUCUGGUGCUGACCCAAAACUAAGAGAUAACAGAGGUUACACAGCACUUCACCUCCUCCUACUACACUGGCCAAAUAUUUAUCUAACUGGGACAGGCAUUUUGACCAGAUUUCAGAGAAACCUGGGAAUUACACAGCGUAAUGCAGAAGAAUGUCUUCGUAUCUUGUGUCAGAAGGGAGUUCAAACAGAUCCUGAAAUGGAUAGUAACUACAGACACAGCUCCUUACAUUUAGCCCUAUACUCUGGAGCCUCUCGAGCUAUAUCUAUUCUAAUUGAGAAUGGUGCCAACAUAAAUGACAGAGAUGAGUUUGGCACAACAGCGCUUCACACUGCUGCAGAGUAUUUGAACAAGGAGGUAACAGAAACUUUAAUCACCUGUGGAGCAAACAUUAAUUGUACUCUUCCAACUUAUGGAAAAACUGCUCUUCAGCUUGCAGUGUGCACUGCAUCAUCUAAAGCAGGCACAGUUUUAGCUGCUGAUAUAGAUUGCAUCAAUUUACUAUUAAUGAAUGGAGCCAAAGUAAAUACUCAAGAUUGUGAAGGAAGAGCAGCUAUUCAUGAUGCUUGCUUGGGAGGCAGAAAAGAAAUAGUUGAUCUCCUCAUAGAUUACCAUGCAGAUGUUAACAUUUUAACAAGACAAGGGCAAUCUCCCCUUUUUCUGUUUCUUCAACACAGGUCAAAUCUAAGAUGUACAUCACUGUUAAAUAAGUUGUUAAACCUCUCAUACCCAUUGAAGCUAACCAAUAAUCAAGGAGAUCUACCCACUGGACUUCUGCUCCAAGAAUUUCAAAUACAAAAAGACUUUCUCAUAAGAUUAUCACAAAACAUUUUGUCUCUGCAAGACAUCUGCAAACUCACUGUCAGAAGAAUAUAUGGGGAAAAAAACAAACAAUGCUUGAAAAAACAACUUCCCGUAACUGUUUGGAAUUCUUUAUACAACUACCAGGACUACUCACAACUUUGGUAA